AUGUCAUCUUGGGCAAAGUCAGCGGUUUUCCUGCACAGCCUUUGUCUCGCUUCAGGAUUGCGGGCAGAAGUCUUCUACAACACCAGCCUGCCAAUGCCACAGUGUGGUGACUGGUACAACAGCUUGCCGAGCACUUUCCUUGGCUUUGGUAGCAGGAAGCGCCAGGAGUACCUGAAUGCAAAUCCCGAUCCUUGUGCGGCUGGCGGUCUGGAAUGUUGUAAAGGCAAGUGCAGCAUGAAAGGUUGCAAGACGGAUGUCAGCUGUUCACAAUGCAAGAGUCUCCUGAGUGAUGUGCCAGCCAAUUUGGCCAAAGGUUUUUGUGAGGAUUCCAAGAGUUGCAACAAAGUCUGGCAUGGGUGCAAAUUCUUUGCAGGCUCUUGUGAAAGUGCACGGCAGCCAUGCUGGAAGUGCACCUCGUUCUACCGCACUGAGAGUCCGGAAGAUGCCCAAGCAGCCUGUGAGGAUAGAACGCUUUGCUACUAUCCUGGCAAUGCCCAUACCCACUCUGACGGCUAUUGCAAGUGGACCGCGGAGUUUCGCAAGUGCGACGUGGAUGAAGGUUCUCGCGUGUAUAGAGUUCCUUGA